AUGGGUCAAGCUCGCGAUCAGUCGGGUUCCCAAUCGACAACUUCAUUAUUUCUGGACCUGUUUGUUCUUUGGUUGAGGCAAUCGAAUACAAAUGUCCAAGAUAUAGUUAUCGUACUUUGCAUGGAUUCGAAUUUCAAUCCAAGCCCUUCGGAGGCACAUCCCGAGACAAUGGAUUUUCUAUCCCAUGCAUGGUGUAACUUUGCAGUACAAGCUCUUCAACCGGAUCAUGAUCAUCAUCAUCAGCUACAAGACCAAUCAAUGGCUCUACUUGACAAUCCCAUGAUUAUUAAGAAGAUUGAAAGCAAUAGUGAUCCUUAUAUGAGGUUGGAAAAGGCGGCCGGCGUGAAGAUGGAUGAUGCGGAUGCCAAACCUCUUCCGCCGUGGAAAUCAAAUGAUGUUAAGUCAUGGAUAUGGAUGCAACAAGCAAUGCAUCCGGAAUUGAACUACAAUGCCUAUUUCAAAAAGAGAUGGAUGUCAUGGAAGAUAGUGCCAUUUAAGAAUGUCUCCAUCAAAAAAUGGUUCAAAGAGAUAAAGCUGCGCCGUAAAGAGCAAGAUAGGCUGCAGAAAGCCGAGGUGCACGCAGCAAUAUCGGUGGCAGGCGUGGCGGCAGCUCUGGCGGCCAUGGCGGCCGAGAACUCAAAGAAGGACUCGAGCACCGCCAAGGAGGCGGCGGUGGCCACUGCAGCCGCUUUGGUUGCGAGCCAAUGCGCCAAAGUGGCAGAAGCAAUGGGUGCAAAAAGGGAGCAGCUCAGCUGUGCCAUUAGUUCAGCCAUGAGCGGAACAUCGGCCACUGAUAUCUUCACUCUCGCUGCUGCUGCUAAAACAUCAUUAAAAGGAGCUGCUACACUAAAAGCAAGAUCAGGAUGCAAAAACAGAAUUAACGGGAUUGCACCCGUUUUGCCAAUUGAGGAGAACCAUGAGAUUGAUUUCGACUUGGAAACUUACAAAUCAGCACUUGCUAAGGGUAGUGAGCUUGGUAUUGAAACCCCAGAUGGGGACUACCUUAGAAGAUCAGCAUCAGUAAUUCUGAGCGGUGAAGGCAAGGUAGUUCUACAGAUAAGGAAGCACGGUCUAUUGAAGAAAAAGAAAGAAAGUAUCAUACUGGACUUGCAUGCUGAACUUUACAAGGAUUCAGAAGCUGAAGAAGUCACUGAGACAUGUUAUCUGAUUGUAUUGACUACAAGCAGAGGAAUAUUCAAGCUAGAUAUGGGGGAUGAUUAUCAACGUUACAAGACAUGGGCAACAACUAUUAAUCAUAUGCUGUUACUCUCUUCUUCUGUCACAAAAUACAAACACUUCUAUGAGAAGAACUAG